CGCAGCUGUGACGCGUUUUUCUGUAGCGUGUCUGGCGCACACAUAUAAGACCCAGCGCGCACCAAGCGCCCAGUAGAGCAGAAGAUACGCCUCAGGACAGCCGCAAAUCACCCUCUUAUCCUCUGGGAAAUAUGCAUCCUAACUUGAUGAGCUGGCUGGGGACUCUGGGGUUUCUGGUGUGGGCGCUGCUCUGCCUGGGCGCCCUGACGGAGGGAUACCCGGUGAAACCGGAGAACCCCGGGGAUGACGCCCCGGCGGAGGACCUGGCCAAGUAUUACUCAGCCCUGAGACACUACAUCAACCUCAUCACAAGACAGAGGUAUGGAAAGAGGUCCAGUCCUGAGAUUCUGGACACACUGGUCUCAGAGCUGCUGUUGAAGGAAAGCACAGACACGCUCCCACAGUCAAGAUAUGACCCAUCAUUGUGGUGAUGCUGUCAUCAGAGUUGGCUCCACCUCACUGCUGCCCCGCCGCCACUGACAUUCUGGCCCCUACACAUCUGUCACUACAUACCCUUCUACACCAACAAAUGACCACCCUGCUUCUGGCCCUUUUACCUUUAUGAGCCGCCACGUAUAUUCAACCCCUCCUCCUUAUCCAUCAGCUAUAGUCACAACUGCUUAUAGUAUGUGCCAUAAAAUUGUAAAUAGUUUAUUCAGAGUUAUCAUCUGUGAAACAUAAAAGUAAAGUGGGGGAGGGCAUGUUGAUGGUAUUGUAUAAUUGUGCUAUUAAAGAUUAAUUGUUUGAAAAAAU